AUGACUGGUGGAAUUGGAAUGACAAUUUUUCUAUCGAUCUCUCAUCCUCUCAUCUCCUUACAGGUAAGGGAGGAAAGAAUCGGCGACGUGGUAAAAAUGAGAAUGAAUCAGAAAAGAGAGAGCUGGUAUUCAAAGAGGAUGGCCAAGGUGAGUGCGAGGUCCCCCUUCAACCUUAUUUAGUCUGUAAGGUUAGCAAACAGUUUCUGACUUAAUUUCAACCUCCCUGUCAACUACUCUGCUUUAACACUGACCAUACUAACAUUGUAGCUACUAAUCGAAUACAGUUAUCUCGUUCAGAUGUAUUCAAUAUUUGUGUGCUCCCUGGUUACCAGUUCAGCACUUACAUUUGAGCCACCUCGUGACCUCCGCUAAAUGAAUUGACUAACUGGCUGAACCUCUGUUCUUCUGUUCUAAUCUAGAAUAUGCACAGGUGAUUAAGAUGUUGGGUAAUGGACGACUGGAAGCUAUGUGUUUUGAUGGAGUCAAGCGACUAUGCCACAUCCGAGGAAAGCUACGGAAAAAGGUAGUUGUGUACACAGUAGCCUAUAUAGUGUUAGUGCUACUAGUCACACAAUUUGGCAAAUAACUGGAGGCUGAAGACCAUAUAAAUGCAAUCCGAUGUCAUCGUUCUUUACAGGCUACUUCCGUAAUGCUUUGGGUUGGACAUGACAUGAGGGUUGACAGACUCUUCUACCUGGGCCGUUUGUGUCCAGGUCUAUGAUGAAAGUAUUACAGUUCUUAUACUCCAAAUUCUCCUUGCUGACAUCUUGUUAUUCGCUCUUGGGCAGGUUUGGAUCAACAGUUCAGACAUCAUCCUGGUGGGACUUCGAGAUUACCAG